GAUCAAAGAGAACGAAGCCAAAAAAUCCGUCGAGAAGGGAUCCGGCCCGGCUGGUGAAGACGUCGAAGGGGUCAAGACAUCUCCUGCACAACGAACUGCAAAAAAAAGUAGUGGCGAAACUUAUAGUGACAAAGCAGCCUCUCCGAUGGAAGAACUGGACUUUCGACGAACAGAUCUACCAUUGCGACCAUAUUUUCCUGUAGAGCAAAACGACGAAGGAAAU